AUGAAGUAUGAUGCAUGGAUUCUGCUUGGAUCGCUUGCCUUUGUCUUUCUACUUUCGGCCAUCAUCAUGGUUUUGACAAAAGGACAGACUGUCAACAACAAACAUGAGAUAAGAAUAGGAAUGAUAGGUGCUCUGAUGUUUGGAUAUAUUGCAUGGGCUUGUGUGUACAUGUCACAGAUAAAGCCAUUUGUCAGUCCAUAG